UUCAGUGUUUACAUCCGGGAUAGCCGCGUUACGUCACCAGCAACGCUGCCUUCGAGCACGAGGCUGAAGUUGGGUUUCCUAUUCGAAUUAUUCCGUUCCACCUUAAAUGGUGCCCAGUCACUAUUGUACCGUCUGAGGCGCCAGAAUGGAACUGCUGGUGCAUUUAAGGUGGAACGGGAUAGUUAGAACAAGAAGCUGGCGAAUAGUUCAGCCUCGUCUUUCGAACCGGCCUCGGAGACUGUUUUACUGAAUUAGACACACAAACAGACCCAGAUGAGCUCUCAGAAAGGCGGCGGCUCUCGUUCUCGGGCCCAAAGGUACCAAAACACGACCGCCUUCAAAAACGACAAAUACGGAGCGACUCCGCAGGUGAAGAAAGCAAACGCGAAGGUCCACGAAGGUCUGUGUCAGCGGUGUAAAGACAUACUGGAGUGGAAAGUCAAGUACAACAAAUACAAAUUCCUCACUCAGCCUCGAAAAUGUGUCAAAUGCCUGCAGAAAACAGUGAAAGAUGCCUAUCACAUCAUGUGCAAGCCCUGUGCUCUCAGACUGGAACUGUGUGCCAAAUGUGGCAAGAAGGAAGAAAUUGUCCUUCCGUUGAACAGGAAGGAGGAGGAGGAGGAGGAAGCAGGCCAGCAAAGGCAAAGCAACAGGCAGAAGAAACGAGACCCUCAUAGGACAGAUGAGGACGAUGACGAUUUUGACGAUGAAGAGGAGGAUGAUUUUGGUGAACUGGACAGUGAUUGCAAUGAAUGUGAUACAGAGGCUACAGGAAAAUAAAGCAACGUCCAUUGUGUCCGUUA